UGUACAAAUCAGCUGAUGCUACAUUCGUUUGUCGACUGCUUGGUGCAUAAUAUUGGUCUAUUUUAGCAACGACAAAAAGAAAAGAGCAAAGCAAAGUCGAAGUAAUCGACAAAGUAACUAAACAAAAGUAAGUGUUAUCAACUGGAAAAUAAACUAAAUAGCAGCUCUAAAUUUAAAGGGAAUCUAACCUUGCAAUCACCUUUUUCUGACUUUUCAACUGAUUAGUGGUUUUGAAGCAAUUGCUAGCAGUCAGGAAAAUGUCUUCAACUGUCAAUUUAUCAGCACUUCGCUUAAAAUAUCGUGAGAAAAAAGAAGUUUUUCUGGAAGAAAAUAUCAGAGUGAAAGAACCAAUUACAUUAUUUCGCGAAUGGUUGGACCAAGCACUGCAAACGGAGGAGCUCUUAGAACCGAAUGCUGCUAGUUUAGCAACUGUGGAUAGAAAUGGCAAACCCUCAAAUCGCUUUGUACUGCUCAAAGAUGUCACCGAUGACGGCUUUCGUUUCUUCACAAAUUAUGGCAGUCAUAAAGCACAAGAUAUUGCCUGCAAUCCAAAUGUAGCAAUGACAAUUUAUUGGCUGCCAUUACGCCGCCAGAUACGCAUCGAGGGCGUUGCAGAAAAGAUACCACAAGAAGAUUCACUUGCAUAUUUUCAUCAACGCCCGCGUGCAUCUCAAAUUGGUGCUUUGGCUAGUGAACAGAGCACACGUAUACCAUCACGUACACAUUUGGAUGAAAUCGAGCAAGAGAUUAAGGCAAAAUUAGGUCCAGACGGUGAGGUACCAUUACCCAAUUGGGGUGGUUACUUAAUACGUCCCCACACUGUAGAGUUUUGGCAGGGACAAACUGAUCGUCUGCAUGACCGGAUACAAUUUCGGCGUGGUCCAGAUAUAGAAAGGGAAGUAGACGGCAAGCUUGUACACAAAGGCGAAUUAGGUUGGGUUUAUGAACGUUUAGCACCCUAGAAGACUUCUAUUUUCUUGUGGCAGUAGCGGACGUUGGUUAAAAAUUUAAUUUAAUUAUUUAUGAAAUAUUGUUCAGUAUGCUUGUUAAUAUGUGGUUUUAGUUUUAAGUACAGCAUUUGUAGAGUAAAAUUGUUACUAAACUGAAAAUCUUGUUAUCAAAAAAGGGAAAGGUAAAAUAGCUGAUAAAAGAAUUUAUUAUUACGGAAAUAUAUAAUAUGUACCGCAAAUUUCAUACAUACAUAUAUA